AUUAACCAAGUGCUCAUUACAUCUUCCGAACGUCGAUAUGAUUAUUAAUUUUAUUUGGCUACUAUAUUUUAAAAUACACAAUAAAAAAUAUUAUUAAUAAAAUAUCUAAUAAGUAACUUGUAUUUCGUUCAACUGUGACAGCUUUUAUUAUAAUAAGAAUAAGGUGUGAGGUGUUAUGACAAAAAUCCGUGAACAGAGAUCAAGUAUGGUGAAACUGAUUCUCAGCAUAAUCUUAGCAGUUUUACUAACAGCAUGUCACGGCGUUCGCAUAACACCAACAUCAUCAACUGCGAGGACGUCAUUGCCGCCACUGACAACACCGAGAGAGUGGACCACCACGACAGUGCCGGAGGAGCCUCCUCUACCGCCUGUUUGCGAGGACUCCAUCAGCACCACCAACCCGCUAGCCAGGCUGAGGGCAGCUAUGAGAAACCCCAUUUAUACUCACAUGAAACCCCUUAACGCCUACAUUAUCUUCUAUACCGAUGAACAUUUGAGCGAAGAGCCGUCAGCUGAAGAGCGCCGGCUGGAGUACGUGAGUGGCUGGGAUGGCGUAGGCACAGCGGCUAUAAUAGCUGAUGCUGGAGCAGCAGUGUGGGUUGCUGGGGCUGAUGUUAAGCGAGCGAUAGCCUCACUCUCCUGUGCGUGGCAAGUGUUUGAUGCUGACGAUCCCAACCAGCAAACGAUUGCCGAGUGGAUCACAGAAAGGCUGAAGCGUGGAGACCGAGUUGGUGCCGAUUCUCGUCUUACUUCACACACAGAGUGGACAUCUUUAUCAACAGGACUGCAGCAGCAAGGGCUGAAUCUCACCGACGUAUCCACACUUGUAGACAAAUUGUGGGCCGAAGAACUCGAUCCGGCUAAACGACGGCCGGAAUUUUCUAAAAUUGUUGCAAAAUUACAUCACAUGGAUUAUGUGGGAAUGAGUUGGCGUGACAAAGUGUCAGCUGUACGAGACGAAUUACACGCGGUGGGAGCAGACGCGAUGGUUGUGACAGCGCUAGAUGAAGUCGCGUGGCUCCUUAACGUGCGUGGCCGCGAUCUUCCUUACGCCCCCCUGCUGAAGGCUUUUGUGAUAGUGAGCAAGCGGGAAAUACGAGUGUACGCACCACCGGGAAAACUAUCGAUGCCCGUCAGGGAGGCGCUGGCUGUCUAUAACUGUUACUCGAACAACUGCACCAGGGUGAACGACUACGCCAACAUUUACUCAGACCUCCGAAGAGCUACGGAGAGUAAGAUCCUGAUUCCUGCUUCAGGCACCUUCCAACGAGGAGCAUCCGCGGCGAUAGCACAAAGUGUACCUUUGAACAAGCAGAUGUUCCUCCUCUCGCCUAUUAUCUACCUCAAAGCUCAGAAAAACGAAGCUGAAGUUAAGGGAAUGAAGAAAGCACAUCUGAGGGACGCAGUUGCUAUGUGUACGCUUCUAUGUUAUUUACAAAAUAAGAAUAAGGUGAAUUUGAGUGAGAUAUCAGUGGCGGAGAGCGUUGAGUUGACCCGCGGCACGCAAGCGGGGUUCGUGGGUGCGUCUAUGCGCACUCGGGUAGCGUUCGGACCCAGCGGCUACGAACCGGAGUACAUCGCUACACCGCGCAACAACCGACGGGUUUUCACUAACUCUACGCUAAUUAUCCGAUCGGGAGGACAGUACCUCGAGGGUACGACGGUUGUGACGCGCACGGUACACUACGGCGUGCCGUCUCGUGAGAUGAAGCGCGCUUACACGACGGUAUUGCGGGCGGUGGCGGCGCUCGCGUCGCUGCAGGCGCCGGUGUCGUUGCCGGCUGCCCACUUAGACCCUGUCGCCCGCGCGCCGCUCUGGCUCGCCAAACAAGACUACGUUCACCCCACCGGACACGGCGUGGGGGCCGCACUCAACAGGAGAGAAGAUCCGGUGGUAAUCGAUUACAGACAAGACAUUAAUCUACAUACUCUUAGAGAAGGAUAUUUUAUAACAAGCGAGCCUGGAUGGUAUGAGGCCAAGUUCGGUGUUAGUUUGGGCAACGUGCUAGAGGUGAUUCCCAAGAGUAUGAUGUAUAUCGGCUUCCGAGAAGCAACACUGAUACCAUACGAACCAAAACUGAUUGAUAAAAAUUUGCUCACCGAUUAUGAGAUAAACUGGCUGAACGUUUACAACGAAAGGAUAAGGGCGACUGUGGGACCGGAAUUGGAGGCUCAGGGUCUCACCGACGUGCUCUACUGGAUGCGGAACAAAACUAUCCCCAUAAAAUUACCUUCCAAAGUCCAGGGACAGGUGAGUGCGGCGACAAAGACAGCGGCGGAACUAUCAACCUUUUUAUUUUUUGUCACUUUAAUUAGACAACUUUAUUAAUUUGUACCAAUAGGAACGCUUAUUAAAUAUAACCUUUUUCCUUCACAAAAAAAUAAGUCUUUUAUACGUUGUGUUUUUCACACAUGUUUCUUAUAUUAACUAUUUUAAAAAACAAAUUAUGGGUUUUGUUUUAUUAAUUGGUUUUGGAGUAAAGUUGAACUUUAUCUACUAGUAGAUAAAGUUCUUUUAUUUACCGUAUAUGAAUUGUUAGAAAGAUAGACGAUACC